CAUGUAAUAUGUAAAGAGUAAAGAAUACUGGCGAAAGUUUGUAAAACUAAGAUUUGAUACUUAAAGCUGGAAAAUAUAAUCUUUAAAAAUAACUGAAAUAUACAUACAAUAAAUUGCACAUACAAGUUGCACAAUACUGAAUACAGUUUUUUUUAUUUACAAUUAUUUCCAAAAAGUGGUUGACAUGUGCACUAAAACAUUGAAUGUUAUACUAUUUAUUCUUACGGUGUUAUGUGGAAACGUGUGCACUGACAAAAUGAAUGUUCUAUUCCUGGUAUCUGAUGAUUUACGGCCGCAAAUUGGAGCAUAUGAUUCAAACAGUUACCCACCGCAUGUCUCUACUAAAAUGUAUACACCAAAUAUUGAUUCCCUUGCAUCUCGGAGCUUGUUGCUAGAACGCGCUUAUGUCCAGCAAGCACUAUGUGGACCUAGUCGGGCAUCUUUUUUAACUGGACGUAGACCUGACACUACACAUAUUUAUAAGUGCGGUGAAUAUUUCAGGAAGAAAGGAGGUAAUUUUACAACAAUACCGCAGUACUUUAAAAUGAACGGUUAUAAGUCAAUAGGAAUGGGAAAAAUAUUUCACUUUAAAGGUAAAAAUUCAGGAGGGAAUGAUCCUAUAUCUUGGUCAGCACCAUAUUUCCAUGGAGCUCGUAACUAUGAACAAAUUUCGACAAGCUGGGCGGCGAUACCAGACGAGGAACUUGAUUCCAAACCUUUGUUGGACGACCAAACAGCUAAUCAUGCAAUUGAAACAAUGCGGAACUUCUCUCUCGAUAACAGCACAGACAAACAACCAUUUUUCUUAGCAGUAGGCUUUAGAAGGCCCCAUUUACCCUUUGUAUUUCCGGCAUCGGUUUUAGAAUAUUAUCCAGAGGUAUCUUUGCCCCAUAAUCCAAGUCCACCAAUUGAUAUGCCUACCUUGUCGUGGACAGAGUUUAAAAGGUUCACAAGUUAUAGUGAUGUAAAAUAUACAGGGACUAGAGACAAUGCAAGGUUGACACAUUCAACAGUUUUGUCUUUACGCCGUGCAUAUUAUAGUUCUGUAACCUGGGUGGACCAUCAUGUUGGUCGUAUUUUACAAGAGUUAGAAAUACUUGGUUUAUCAAACAAUACCAUCAUUUCGUUUAUUGGGGACCACGGUUUUCAGCUUGGUGAACACGGGUCAUGGGGAAAACAAACCAAUUUUGAGCUGUCUGCGCAUGCGCCUAUGAUGAUUCAUAUUCCUGGAAAGACUAACGUAGGUACAAGAAGCAGCUCACUUGUGGAGUUUGUUGACUUAUUUCCAACUUUAGUUGAGGCUGCAGGAUUAAAUCCACUGCCACCGUGUCCUGAAAAUUCAAAUGUUGUUGAAUUGUGUCGCGAAGGUGUAAGUCUCCUACCUCUAAUAAACGAAACGGAUAAACGACUGAGAGGUUCAGCAUUUUCACAAACUCCACGCGAUGAUUUUAUGGGAUAUUCUAUAAAAACAACUAAUUUUCGAUAUACGGAAUGGCCAAGGUUUGACAAGUUACAAUUUAAGCCACAAUGGUCAGAUUCUUCUAGUGUGGAGCUGUACGACCAUCGCAUUGACCCAGAAGAGAACGUCAACUGCGCAAAUGACCCGGCAUACCGGAAGGUUAUAGAUAGGCUGAGGAAAAGGCUUCGUGCUGGAUGGAGAAAGAGCUUCAUUGGUUCCGUGUAUGAUGCGUAACAUGUGAAUAUAAAUAUUAAAAAAAAGAAUAAAGAAAAUAAUAUUCUUAAAAUAUAACAAUUUGCCCAUCUAAUCUGAAAUAAUUACAUGAUUGCUUUUAUUUGUCGUAAGAUUAUUUGGGUAUUUUAAACAAUUACGUAUUUUAUUCAACUAAAAGAGAAGAUAUUUUUGCAAAAUUAUAAUUUCAUGUUUUUUUGUCCUUCUUUUGUUUUGUAAAAUAUAAUGUAUUAAAUAAAGCAAGCAAUGUUUCAGAUAAAUUAUCUGCUGUAAAAAUCGAUUAGGUAUCUAAAUACCAAGAUAUUAUUAUACCAUAUUCUUUAUGUUAAAAUAUUUUUUUCAAAUGAACUUGCCGCAAGGCAAGUCCAGUUCAACUUCAACUUGCCUCUCUAAUUAUAUAGUUUCCUGGCAUUCAUUGUU